GCAAAUGAGAGCGUCUGAGGCCGUGGGAGACGGUUUUCGCAUCCUUACCCUCCCACAGGAGGGCCGCGGGCGAUCGGGUGUAUGAUUCAACGUGCGGGUGUGUCCUGCAAGGGGCGGAACGUGGUGGAAACAUUUUCUCUCAACCCAUCUCUCUGUUUCAUUUCGCGGGCACAAGAAGCUUACUUCAACUUUCUGCCUGCGAUAUACCCUGAAAUCCGUAUGGAAACCGUCCCUCCCCCCACCUUCAAUGUCCUUUUUGGCUAUAGAAAAAGAUACGGGGGAUGGAUCUAAGCCCUGCUCCCGACCGACCGCCAAAAAAAAAGUGGGCGGCAUAAAAGAGAAAGCUGGCUUGCUGCGUUCCCCCUCCCGACGGUACUUCAGAUUUUCUGGAACCGGUUUAAUUGUAUCUCGCUCCCUCCGUGUUGUGGACGCAUUCCAAUUCCUGCAAAACCUUACACACACACACACACACACACACACACACACACACGAAAACCCCAAAUUGGUUUCGGUUCGUUCGGAAACCCGGAAGCUAUCAUCUAUCGACACAUUUCGGGCUCGUUACGUUGCACCGGCGAGCGCAGUUUGGAAUACCCAACGUUCCUCUCCUCGAGUGUCAUCUGGAGUCGGGACCCAUUCAACCCGCACCGCGCAAUACCCCAAUAUCCUUCAUCGUCGUCGGCCAUCACCGCCACGGACGUUACAUAACAGCACACCGCAAGAAGGGGUUGUCGUACACCGUUCAUCAAGGUUUUGGCACAAACGCGCGCGCUUUCAACUUUCAAGGUUGUUACAUCGUAUAUCGCUUAUAUUGCGCGCGCCACCCCUUUCGUCGGCGACAUUUAUCCCGUCGGCAUACACAUACAUACAAGAAGGUUUGGCUUUCACCACCCCGUCGGUCGCAAGCAAGCAAGCAAGCGCCAAGCCGCCUUCCAGUUCCCCCCCUCAACGGCCCAAACUGUAAAAGCUUUCCUCCCGUCGGGUCUGAGCUAUACCCCUCUCUGCCCCUGCGAACGGCCAUCCCCUUUUUACCCCAACACUCCGGCUCGUUCCACACCACAGAUCGCUCGGUCGGUAUACCGCAACCCUCGCACAACACCGACUCGGGAUCCCCCGGAACGGUUCAGGGACGAUUUCAACGGAAAAGGGUGUUCUUUCCGACAUCGCACAUACCCCAUCUAAGAUAUUAGCCACGGCAACACCUCUACGACUCGUCUUCCCGCACAUAUAAGACCUGGGGAGGGUGCUAGCUCGUGCCAGUAUCGCAAAAACGCCUCGACCCCGUCUGCAUCGCUUUCGUGGCUUACGC